AUGGACGCUGAUUACAUCAAGUAUCGAACGCUAGAAGUCGCAUAUGCUCUCAAAUUCCCCGAGCCUCGAGCCCUGAGCGGCGACAAGAGCCAACUUGAAUGGUCCAUCCGCCAAAUCGGCAUCUAUCAGAAAUAUGACACAACCAUCAAGCAGAGUACGUGGAUCCUGGUCUUUCCCAACCGGGAGAGUACAACUAGGGACGAUUUGGCUCGCAAGUUGGAUCCGCAGCGAGGAGAAUACCCCAACCCUAUCCUGGACCAUCCCCUGUCGAUCCAUCUGUUUCUGUUCGCGGAACGCGUCCAAAACUGGCGAUUUUACAUUAGCCACUUCGAGAACGAGGUCUGGAAACUGGGAAACUUGACGGUGACGAUUGAUAUCGGGGAUGCAUUGCCUUUUCAAGAGACGUACACGGACCUUUCGACUCUCCACUAUCUGGAAUCACGUCUCGCUCCCUUACGUGCGAUAUUCGCGGCGACGAAGCGACUAGCCGAAGCUCUGGGACGGAUCAAUGAUCAACUUGGGAAAGAGGGACACGUUACGCAGGAGGAGGCCUUCGAGAUGCAAGAGUUGCUGACGAAUCUCAUCUCCCGCAUCCAUGCGUACAGUGACAACAUCGAGUUCAAUCUAUCCAAGAUAUCUCGUAUAACGGAGUUGUUGGCAGGUACAAUCAGUCUGAAAAGCCAACAUACAUCAGAAGACAUGUCCAACAGGAUCUACGACCUCACAAAGUCCGCGUUGGAAGACAGCUCCUCGAUGCGCGUCACUACAUUUACAACUCUGCUAUUCUUGCCUUCGACAUUUGUUGCAGUAUUUAUAAUUCGCCCCCUUCUGUGUCUUCUGUGGAGUAUGUUCUCAGACUGA